AUGCGCAUUUCCGACCUUACCAUUGUGCUCUCGAGCCUGGCAUCGUUCGCCAUGGCGGCUCCGGCUUCCUAUGGGAAGACUCAGCUGCCCGAUGGAUUGCCUACUCCAAACCCCGACCAGCUAAAGGCGAUCGAGCUAGCCGCCCAUGGCACUCUGUCAAAUGCUCCUCCCCCACCAUCGAUCAGCGCCGAUGGCAUUGUCAAUCUGCAGUUGAUUGCCUUCAACGAAAACUCCGAAGUCGCUUUCUUUGAUCAACUGAUCUACAACAUUACGAACAAAGUCGACGGCUAUCAUAUCAAAGAUGAGAAGGAGUACACCACGAUACUGGCUGCCUUGAAGGCAAUUCUUGCUCAAGAGGAACUUCAUGAACUCAAUGCCAACAAUGCCUUGGCUCACUUCAUGAAGGACCGGAUCCUGCCCUGCGAAUACAUCUUCCCCGUCCAUGACCUCGAAUCUGCUAUCACGCUGGCCUCGACCUUCACCCCCCUGGUCUUGGCCACCCUUCAAGACGUGGUGGAUAUCUUCGCUGUCGGUGGUGACCACGGUCUCGCCCGUGGGGUCACCGCCGUCGUGGGCCAGGAAGGAGAACAGCAGGGAUUCUUCCGCAUCCUCCAGGACAAGAUCCCCAGUGAACUGCCCUUCUUGACUACCGGCGUGCGUGACUUCGCCUUUACUGCCCUCCAAGGCUUUAUCGUGCCUGGAAGUUGCCCCAACAUCAACGAGAUCCCCCUGCAGACCUUCGAGGCUUUGACUGUUCUUACUCCUCCUGGCCCUCACAGCCAGGACAUCACUGUUCAGUUCAACGAUCCCAACUAUGAUGCUAGCCACUCGCUGUGGUUGACCUAUAUCAACCAGCAGAACCUGCCGAUCGUGGAGCCCCUGCACAUCAUCAGUCACGAUGGCAAGUGGGUCAAGGCCGAGGCGCUCUUCCCAUUCGACGCUAAUGAGAUGAAUGGCCUGAGCAUCGCCGCGGUGACCAACUCUGCCGGUCCAUUCGCUAAUGCAAACGCUGUGGCUAAGGCGACACUUGCUGGACCCGGUUUGAUCAUCGUCAACUAA